AUGAAAAAAGAAUUUGAAGAAAUUUAUGUCACCUACAAUUUGGCAUAUUUGGGAACUCAACAACUUGCGAGUGAAACCGUUCAAUUACCACCAACAACUGUUGAUAAAUGUGUCAAAAUUCCAGGUAUGUAUAUUUUUUUCGUUGAACUGUGUGAUAGGAAAAAAACGUCACGUGGCAAUCAAUUUUUCCAGGGAUCUAUUCACAAGUCGUCAGACUAUCCGCAGCCGAACAAAAAACGUAUGAUGAAAUCGAAUUCGAUGUUGCCGAAUUCCGCGAUAGUGUUUGUACCAAACAUCUUCCAACCGAAGUUAAGAAAACACUUUUGUUGCGUCGUUGGAGAGAACAAUCAUUGGCGUUGCACGGAAUCGAGGAAGCUUUCUAUGGAUCAGGAAGUUAA